AUGAUGCUGUUCCUAAGGUCCAAAGUCAAAUAUCUACUCAUUUUUGCAUGUGAGUUUGGGGAGGAGGGCUUGAUUUUAAGUGUUACAGUAGAACCUUUGUAUAACGAAUCGCUAGGAGAUUUAAAGUAUUGUUAUACUGAAGUUUUAAAUGCACUGUAGUGUUAAUUGGGGACUCAAAAAUUUUUUGUUACACAGGGGUUUCAUUGUAUUAGGUUGAAACAAAAGUAGCGGGACACUUUUCAUGUAUUUUUCAAAUAAAAAAGUGUCCCACUACUUUCGGUUCAACCUAAUAUAACGUUUUAAUUUUUAAAUAAGACCUGUAAAAGGGCCGGACCCGGCACAAUGUUUUGAUCCGGCCCAAAAGCCGGGCUUUGGUUUGGGUCGCGCCUUCAUGCCCAAGUGUACCGACCCUUUUGGAAGUCAAAUCUUUCGACUCGGGACCUAAGUCGAAACCUUGGGGCCUUGGGAUGAGCCUCCCGGGUUUGCAAGAAGUUUUGUUUUUAGAUCGUCUAGGCGAUUCUGAAUUCUAGAAUCCCCGAUUUAAACUUUAGUUUAAGUAAAUUUUAAAAAAUAUUUUUGAUAUUACAACUUCUUUUUCAGUUAUUGCCAGUUUAUGGCUGAUUAAUGUAAACAUUUACAAUAAUGGCUUAUCAACUCUACCUUAUCAUAAGGACCUAAUAGCAUUCUUUUCAUCAGAACAUAAUGUAACAACGACCGACCAGACACUAGGAUUCGAAACUGUGAAGCCAAAUGAGCCACACAAAUCACAGGAAAACGUAAACGAUAAAGGACCAGAAGCAGGCAAUGAUAAUAUUAAACCUGCAAACGAUGUAAAAGGCGAUGAUAACGUAAAGAUACAGCAAAAUAAGACUAUAGAAAAUGUAAAAAACGAUGACAAAGCUUCUGAUGUUAUCAAUGAUAAAGACAAAAGCCCAGAUGUUAAGAGCAGUAAAGAAGAUAAGCCCCCAGAGUUAGUAAACGAGAAAAACAAACCUCAAGAACCACAGAAAACUGAGGAAAAGCCUCCAGAAUCAGUUAAAAAUGAAGACAAACCUUCAGAAUAUAAACCUCAAGAACCAGGAAAAGCUGAUGAAAAGCCUCCAGAACCAGUAAAAGUAGAUAACAAACCUCCAGAAGCCGAACCCAAACCUGGAGAACCCGUAAAAGUAGAUGAGGAACCCAAAGAACCAGUAAAAGUAGAUGAGAAACCUCAAGAACCAGCAAAGCCAGAUGAAAACCUAAAAGAACCAAAGCCCAAUAACCAAAACGUGUCAAAACAAAAAGAAGAGCCGCCUCAGAAAGAUGAAGCCAACAAGGUUCGAGAAGACUUCAGACCGAUUGGAAAUCCUACUGCCAAUCAUACCACAGUCAACACAUCAGUCAUAAUCAACCGAACCGUUCGCCUCGAGACCUUUGUCAUGACAGAGAAGCUUCAGAACAUGUUGGUAGAUGUGAAGGCUACUUUUAAAAACUAUGAGGUUGUAUAUAAAAUGUCAAAACCAGACAACGAAAGCGUUUGUGAUGGUGUAGAUGCUGUGGUAUAUGUUAUGACAAUGGCUGACAAGGAGUCAACAUUGCGACGACAGGCUUUAAGAGAGACAAUUUUUCAACCGGUAAGACUCUAUACCCUUACUGUACUUUUAUCUAUUGAAGUCUAAUUCAAAAUUUUAAAUAAAUGUUUUCAAACUUCAAAAAACGUUUAAAUUUUAAAAAAUUGAACUUUCAGGACAACUUCCCAUCAGACAAAAAGAUACUGUAUCGCUUUGUAUUGGGUCGAUUCGAAUCCGAAGAGAAUUAUCAAAAACUUUUCAUCGAUGAAAUCGAAAAGUUCAACGAUAUCAUCUUCUACAAUGUUGAAGAAUACUACCGCGACAACUAUGUCAAAUGGCACACUAUGCAUGCCUGGCAUACUAAGUACUGUAGCCAUGUGAAACAUUUCAUCAAAAUGGACGAUGAUACUGUAGCCGACUUCGGGAGGAUGUUCCAGUGGAUGGAUCGGAACUUCAAUGGUAGAACAACGGGAACAGACAAGUAUCUGAUAUGCCAACGAAUGGCCGGUCAUCAUCCUUGGAGGGAUCCUAAAGCUGAUCCUAGAUGGUAAGGGUUGGCCUUAUUAACUUUAUUUUUUAGAUCAAUUACAGGCUUGUAGGCCUUGUCUUGCCUUGCCUUGCCUUGCCUUGCCUUGCCUUGCCUUGCCUUGCCUUGCCUUGCCUUGCCUUGCCUUGCCUUGCCUUGCCUUGCCUUGCCUUGCCUUGCCUUGCCUUGCCUUGCCUUGCCUUGCCUUGCCUUACCCUGUGUCCUAAGCCUGAUGAACAAUAUCUCUUCAAAACUCAAAUUCCAGGUACAUUUCCCACGACGAAUUCCCAGAGAACACAUGGCCAGACUACUGUUAUGGUUACUUUGUCAUAACCACCAAUCAAACCGUGUCAGACAUCAUGAGAGCUCAAGAGAAGAUCAAUCUAGUCCACAUGGACGACUGUUUCUUGACUGGAAUUGUUAGAAGAGAGACUGAUUCACAACUACAUGACUUUUAUGGCAUUAGAACAGGAGUGACAUACCCAAAGUGUUCUCGAGACAAUGUCAUACCAUACAUGUUUGCCACUACGAAUUGUAAAACAGCGGCUAAAAUACGAUUGAGGCUACGGACGAUCAAAAAGAGGAAAUGUGGGGAAUAG